AUGAAACCUACUUCAGACCUAUUUCAUUUAGUCACAACUGGAUUUACAGUAUCAACUGCACUCAAGACUGAUCUACAGAGAUUUGUCCAGCCUCUGGCAAAGAGACCAUUUCGGUGACUGGACAUGAGUGAUCUUAAAUCUUCAGUUAAGAGUGAUCUACACUCAAAGACAGGGGCAACUGGGACUCAAAGUCAAGAGGAAAUUCAGCCAGACAUCUCAGAUCUGAGGAUUGUCCUCCUGGGAAGAUGUGGAUCAGGAAAGAGUACUGUUGGGAACAAAAUUCUUGGGACAGACGAGUUUGAGGAGGGGAACAAGACCAGAGAAUGUCAGAGGGAAAGAGCUCAUGAGGGGUCAGUCAUUGACACACCAGGAAUCCCUGAUGAAGAAGCUGAAAGAAAUGUGGUGGAAGAAGAACUGAUGCGUUGCAUUGAGUUAGCUGAGCCCGGACCACAUGUCUUCCUGUUUGUGGUUAAACUGAAAGAUAAACUCCCAUAUGAGGUUGACGCUGCGGAAUGGAUCAAAGAGAAGUUUGGAGAGGAGGCUCUCCGCUUUACAAUCAUAGUCUUCACUCAUUCUGACAAACUGCAUAAGCCUAUAGAAAAAAUAAUUCACCAGAGUGAACAUUUAUCGACUAUUCACGCCAUGUGUGGGGGCAGAUAUCAUGUAUUCAACCGCGCUGAGGUCUCAAAGUUAAUGAUGGAAAUUAUCAAUCUCUAUGUUACAAAUGAGGGAAUGAAUUUUUCAAACCCACAUCAGCAGCAGGAAGAGGAAGAAGCAGGAGCAGAGCAAGUAGCUGGAGCAGGAGGAGAAGGGGGAGCAGGAGCAACAGCAGAAUUAGUAACAGGUUUAGCAGCAGGAGCAAUAGCAUCAGUAGGAAUACUAGUUAAUCUACCAGUAGGAAUAACAUUGACUUGGAGAGGAGCAGUUGCAGUUGUGGUAGCAACAUUUACAGCAACAAAAGGACUAGUGAGAGGAGCAUCAAACGCAAUGGUAGCAGGAGCAGCAGCAGCAGGAUUUGGAACAGCAUUAGCAAUGGAUGCAGGAGGAACGGCAGUAAUACGUGUACAAUUUCAUUUUGGAGAACCAGUAUGCUUAUAUCAGAGACUGUUGAAUAAGGAUGUUUGCUUAUGUAUAGCAAAGGUAGUAUCAGGAGUAGUAAUAGCAGCAGCAGGGUCAGCAGUAGCGGCAGCAGCAACAGCAUCAGCAGAAGAAAGACGUGCAGCAGCAGCAGGCGCAGCAUUGGGAGCAGCAUUGGGAUCAACAGCAGCAGCAACAGUAGCGGUAGUAGCAGUAGCAGCACUGUUUGAGGAAACACCAAAUAAAGUAUAUGUAGUUGCAUCAGUAGUAAGGCCUGUUUGGCCCACGGUCAUAGGAAGUGCAGCUCUAGUUUUGGGAAGAGCUGUAGUUCGAGAAAUAACACAAAAACCUGAGCAAAGGAGGCUUGAAAUGCAUCACAAUCCUGAAAGAGCAGAACUAGAUGCAGGAGCAGAGGAAAAGGCAGGAAGAGCAGCAGUAGCUGGAGCUGCCACAGCUGCAAAUGCAGCAGCAGUAUUAGCAACAAUUGUAGGGUUAAUCCCGGAAGAUCCCAUAGAAUCAGUAAAUGCAGCAGUGAUAGUUGUUGCAGCUGGAGCCGCAGUGUCUGGAGCAGCGGUAGCAGCCGCAGAAGGAGCAUUAGGAGCAGCUGUAGUGGCAGGGUCUGCACUAGCGCUAGGAGCAGGAUGGGCUGCAGCAGCAUCAGCAUCGGUAGCAGUUGCAGGAGCAGCAGCAGCAUUGGCAGCACAAGCAACAGGGACAGCAGGGGCAAUAACAGCAGCAGCAGGAGGAGCAGGAGCAAUAGUAUUAAUGGUGAUAGAAAUGCAUGACAAAAGAGCUCCAGUAUGUGCAGGAGCAGCUGUAGUGGGAGUAGCAGCAAUAGUAGCAGCAGCCAAAGCAGAAGGAGCAUCAGCAGAAAUGGCAGCAUCAUCAGCUAUUUGUAUGGCAGCAGCAGGGGCCUUAGCAGCCACAGCAGUAGAAGCAGCACGUGAAAAAGCAGGACCUAUGUGGGCCAUAGUUAUGGGAGGUGUAACUCUGGCUUUGGGAGCAGCCAUGACUCGAAUAAUAGUACAGAGAGCUAAGCGCAAGAGAGACAAAAAAAAGUGAACAUGAAGUUGAAACAAAGGAAUCUGAGGGUGAUUAAAAUGGUUAUUUAAAACAACAGAAGAUCAUAUAAAUGUAUAUUUGCAUACGUAGAAGGCAUAAUGAUUGCAUGGAUUUGUAAGGCCAACAGUUUGCAUACCUAAACCAUGGUAAAGGUCUCAUAUACUGACACAAGCCUUUGUAAUUAGCACUCCUAGAAAGUCACUGUUUUCAGCUGUGAUUUGAUAUCAGUUCUCGUCUCCCUGCUGAGGGCCUAAAUUGGGCCCAGGCCUCUCCUGGACUACAGGAAAAUCUACCUUGUUGUUAAGUUUUUGUUGAAAUGUGUUAUUUGGUUAAGGUCAAUUUAUUCAUUUGAUGGGGUCAGUUUAAUCAUAGUUUCUCGGAAUAUUUACCACUGCUUCACUGUUCUUUCCUGCUCAAGAUGUUAAAUGUAACAUUUUACAACUUCAUAUUUGUUUGAUGUAAAUGGUUUACACAAUGCUGAUAAAUUGUU